ACCGGUGCGGGGGGGUCUCACCCUUCCCUGGCAGCGGCGGGGUGGGGGUGGGGGGCUCAGCAGGAUGCGUCCCCAGGGGUGACACCCCCCCACCCCCCCCCCCAGCCCCGGCCAUGUCCCCCCGUAAAGCCAAACGAGUCGAAGCCGCCGCGAUUCCGCCGCCGGUGACCCCCCCUCAACCCCCCCCCGGCGUUUCCCCGGGUAUCCGGAAACGCAAAGAUUUCGUGGCGCAACCGGGGACGCGUUCGGAAGAAAACCCCAACAUCUGCGUGGAGUGCGGGCAAAGUUUCGCCCAGAGCUCCGGCCUCGCCAGCCAUCGCCGCAGCCACGCGGCCGCCCGACCCCACCGCUGCCCCGACUGCGGCAAAAGCUUCGGCGUCAGCUCCAGCCUCAGCCGCCAUCGUCGCAUCCACACCGGCGAGAAACCUUUCGCCUGCUCCGAUUGCGGCAAAAGCUUCAGCGACAAAUCCAACCUCACCCAGCACCGGCGCGUCCACACCGGCGAGAAACCGUACCGUUGCGGCGACUGCGGCAAGAGCUUCAGUCGGAGCUCGCACCGUAAGAAACAUCUCCGGCACCUCCCGGCAAACAAACGACCGUCGCGGUGCGGUUCCCAACCUCGGGACGGAAUCGUCGGCGCCGGUCCGGCUAAGACGAGACGUAAAACGCCGACGCUCAACACUUGCGGCGAGUGUUGGCAAAGUUUCGGUCAGAACGCCGAUUUGGUGAAACACAUGCGUAUCCACACCGGCGAGAAACCGUUCCAGUGCGGUCACUGCGGCAAACGCUUCAGCGUCAGCUCCAACCUCUUCCGCCAUCGCCGCAUCCACACCGGCGAGAAACCGUACGCCUGCGCCGACUGCGGCAAGAGCUUCACCGACAAAUCCACCCUCACCCAGCACCGGCGUACCCACACCGGCGAGAAACCGUACGUCUGCGGCGUCUGCGGCAAGGGCUUCAGCCACAGCUCGCAUCACAAGCGCCACGAGAAGAUUCACAAGGGCGAUCGCCCGAAUUUAUGUUCGGAGUGCGGGAAGAGUUUCCUCCACGGCUCGGACCUGGUGAACCACCAACGCAUCCACACCGGCGCCAAACCCUUCGUCUGCGGCGAUUGCGGCAAAAGCUUCCGGCAGAGCUCGACGCUCAUCACCCACCGGCGCAUCCACACCGGCGAAGCGCCUUACGCCUGCGGUUACUGCGGCAAGAGUUUCCGCGUCAGCUCCAACUUCGUCCGCCAUCGACGAAUCCACACCGGCGAGAAACCGUACCGUUGCCCGGCGUGCGGCAAAAGCUUCGCCGACAAAUCCACCCUCACCCAGCACCAACGCGUCCACACCGGCGAGAAACCGUACCGUUGCGCCGACUGCGGCAAGAGCUUCAGCCGCAGCUCCCACCGCAAACGGCAUCUCCGUAACCCCCCCGCCAAAGGCCGCGGGCGAUGCGACCGUCGCGGCGGCGCCGAGCCGUCGCCGCCGUUGUCGCCGGCCAAACCCAAGGAUGCCAAAACUGGGAAGAAACCGUCAACCAUCGAGGUGCCCAACACUUGCGCUGAGUGUUGGCAAAGCUUCGGCCAGAGCUCGGAUUUGGUGAAACACAUGCGCGUCCACACCGGCGAGAAACCGUACGCCUGCCCGCACUGCGGCAAACGCUUCAGCGUCAGCUCCAACCUCACCCGCCAUCGCCGCAUCCACACCGGCGAGAAACCGUACGCCUGCUCCGACUGCGGCAAGAGCUUCACCGACAAAUCCACCCUCACCCAGCACCGGCGCGUCCACACCGGCGAGAAACCGUACGUCUGCGCCUACUGCGGCAAGAGCUUCAGCCGUAGCUCGCAUCACAAGCGCCACGAGCGGACCCACGCUGACGACCCCCCCCUGCCCCUCUGGACCUGCCCGCCCCACGGUUUCUAACCGGCACCGGCGGCGUUUUUUUCCAACCACCCCCCCCCACCACCAACCUCGACGUUUCGAUUGGGUCGUACGGACGUAACCGGGACGGCAAAUUUACCGGCGCCGCGGGGUCGGAGCUGCCGUGUGCGGUGGGGCAAAUAUCCAACCCCCGCCCCGUGUUUGUGGGGUGCAACGUGCUCGGACGGGGGGGGGGGGAAACGACCCCAGGAGCCCUUUCCAGCAGAUUUAAUCAAAAUCCUUUCUUUUCUCCUCAAUUUUCUUCGGGGGCGCUGAGCUUCGACUGGAUUCAGGCUGGGUUUGGGUUUUGGUUUUGUUUUUUUUUUAAAAUUUUGGGUUUUCGCCGUCGCUUUGGGUUUCCCCAGGGGUUUUUUUAAAAAAAAAAAAAAAAAAGCAUUUCCCAAGUAUUAAAAAAAACCCAAAACACCCUAAACCAAC